CUAUGAGUUCCAUCAUUCAAUAUACACAGGGCGCUAUUGGCUUCAGUGGGCGUCCAAGAAUUGCACCGAAAGUGUUUAUCUUCACUAUGUUUAAAAAAGAAGCAACAAAUUGGCUGUCUGAUGAGAGUAGCUUGGAGAUGGGCAACAAGAUCACCCUGCCGGGUCUUUACCGAGGAUAUGAACAGAUACAUUGCACUGCAGAUAAUUCUGUAUGCUUGGUGGUAGUAGGAACUGCCUUAAUCAACGCAGCCUUAUCAGUCUCAGCAAUAAUCUCAUCAACCAUCUUCGACCUAUCAAAAACAUACUUCCUCCUCUCAGGCAUCGCAGGCGUGAAUCCCAAACAAGCAACGAUUGGCGCUGUUGCAUUCGCCAAAUUUGCCGUCCAGGUCGAUCUACAAAUGGAAUACGAUGCGAGAGAAAUUCCCUCGACAUGGGAGUCUGGCUAUGUUCCCAUGGACGCCGAGGAUCUGCAUGGGUCGGAGGUGUACGAGCUGAAUGACAAUCUCAGACAGAUGGCUAUUUCCUUUGCUCGGACGGCAGUACUUGAGGACUCGGCUGCUGCUGCAGAGAACCGGGCUCUAUAUGACAUACCUGGUGGUAGAUAUCACGCAGCUACACUCAAGCCCAACAUCGUGGAAGGAGACGUAGCCUCGUCGAAUGUUUUCUGGCAUGGAAAUCUCCUUUCCGAAGCCAUGGCAAGGACGUUCAAGGUGUAUACGUCUGGAAAGGCUGAGUAUGUCAUGGCAGCACAAGAGGACACGGCGAUUCUGGCGGCUCUAUGGAGAGCAGCGCUUCAGAAGCAGGUGGACUUUUCGCGUAUCAUUCUCAUGAGGGCUGGAUCCAAUUUUGAUCGGAGUUAUUCAGAGUCUGAAGUUCCUUCUAUUCCGUUUAUCUUGGAUCAUGGAGGAAUGGGACCUGCGAUUCGCAACUUGUAUCUAUCGGGGAUGAAGGUCGUACAGGGGAUUGUAGAUGGUUGGUCUAUAUUUGAGAAAGGAAUCGAGGCGGAGAAUCACGUUGGUGAUAUUUUUGGGUCGCUUGGCGGUGUUCCUGAUUUUGACAGAUAGAUUGAUUAGAUUGACGAGAUCAAUCGUACAUAUGAUCAAUAAUGUGACUGCGCCAAGAUAGUGAAGCCGUGAAAUUACCCAAUCGAGCAAAGAUAAUCC